AUGCCCAGACGCUAUCAAGAAGAAAAAGCACCUGAGUUCGAUAAUUUCGCUACAGAUAAACUCAAGUUAUGGAAAGUCGACAUUUCCUUCGAAGAAAACAAGAAACUUGAGCUCGUCAACACAAAAAUUAAUGCUAAUAUCAAGGAGGACCUUGGUAGCGAGGAACUUUCACCUCUUUCGAAGAUUAGCAAACAUUUUACUUUCCAGCCAGCUGACAUAUCAUCGUACAGCGUCCUGUUGAGACGAAGGAAGUUCACUGCACCGCAACAGGAUGAACAUAUCGUUAUAAAUCGUGAGUGUGUCAUUGGAAAAGAAAUUGUUUGUUUGGUUGAUGAUGAAGAUUUGGCGAGUAUAAUCUGGACUCAAGGAUUCAAGAUAGAUCUUCCAAUCGUCGUAGACACGUCACAACAACCAUUUUUCGUCGUGGACAAAUCAAGACGUUAUUCUGAUAUUGGAGCACGUUUUGGAAUGAAGCAUAAGACCUGCAUUCACGUCACUAGUGCAAACGAAGCAACAAGGCGCGAAUUUAUUUCUUCCGUUCUUCAUGGCGUUGCCUCUUGUUAUGAUGGUGAAGUGAAAGUAUGUCCAGAAUACGAGUUAUCUGGAAGUCAUGGUAAAGGGCCACGUAAUAAAAAGAAACGCACAUAUAAUGAGGCUUUGCGUGAAGAUGUAAUGUAUGGUAUUGUUUCGACAGGAGUCGACUGGGUCAUAAUUAAGUUAGUUACUACUGGCGAAUAUAACGAUAGUGAUAAUGGGAAUGUUGAGAAAACUCAAGAACUUGUUCGGGCAAAUCAAGUGGGUGUUUGAUCGCCAGAUUGAAUCGCAGGAAUCAUUGAAGAGAAAAUAAAUAAGAUAGUCUUAUCUUUUUCGAAAAAAAAUAAUCGUAUGUAUAGACAUUAGCAUAGAAAAAAAAAUCGUCAUGUAUCACGGGCUACGUCCCGAACUUUGUAUUUAUUAUUAAUAAAAUUUUUUUCCUGGCAUUUUUUUCCGAGACAUUAUGUUCCGGAAAUUUGGGGACUUAAUUAC